AAAUAUAUUUUGUAAUGCGGUUUUCGUAAUUUACCAAGUUGAAAUCAAACCGAAGCUACAGGGUAGGAAUUUGCAUGUGUUUGCACAAGCUAAUUUUGCACCCAAAAAGGAACUUGCAAACUAUAAGCUGAUGCGAAGCUUCUUUUUGGUGAAUCAAGAAUUUGCCUAAUCGAGAAAGAGUAGGAAGGGAACAGAACAACAAAGUUUGUGGCUUUUGCUUACGAGCCUGACUUUUCUCAUUGAAUUGGAGUUUGGAGUGUUUUCGUUGGUUGUGAGAUGGGCAAGGUUGCGGUGGGAGCGGCGGUGGUGUGCGCAGCUGCGGUUUGCGCGGCAGCGGCGCUAGUGGUGCGCCACCGGAUGAGAAACUCCGGGAAGUGGGCUCGAGCAAUGGUCAUUCUGCGGGAGUUCGAGGAAAAGUGUGGAACUCCUAUCGGGAAACUGAGGCAAGUUGCUGAUGCCAUGGCCGUCGAGAUGCACGCUGGCCUCGCAUCGGAAGGUGGUAGCAAGCUCAAGAUGCUGAUUAGCUACGUCGAUAAUCUCCCCACCGGAGAUGAAAAAGGGCUCUUCUACGCAUUGGAUCUUGGCGGUACAAAUUUUCGAGUGUUGCGUGUGCAGUUGGGAGGGAGAGACAAUCGAGUUGUUAAGCAAGAAUUUGAGGAGGUUUCGAUACCUCCACACUUGAUGACUGGAUCUUCAGAAGCACUAUUUGAUUUUAUAGCUCAAGCUCUUGCAAAAUUUGUUGCUGAAGAGGGUGAAGGCUUUCACCCAGCACCGGGAAGGCAAAGGGAACUUGGUUUUACUUUCUCCUUCCCUGUGAGACAAACAUCAAUAUCAUCAGGGACACUUAUUAAAUGGACAAAAGGCUUCAACAUUGAAGACACGGUUGGGGAAGAUGUGGUGGGUGAAUUAACCAAAGCCAUGGAAAGACUGAAACUUGACAUGCGUGUAACAGCUUUGGUAAAUGACACAAUUGGAACGUUAGCGGGAGGUAGAUACUAUAAUAACGAUGUAAUUGCUGCUGUGAUUUUGGGUACUGGGACAAAUGCAGCUUAUGUAGAGCGAGUCCACGCUAUUCCUAAGUGGCAUGGUCUCCUUCCUAAAUCAGGAGAAAUGGUAAUUAACAUGGAAUGGGGCAACUUCCGGUCCUCGCAUCUGCCACUAACAGAAUAUGAUCACGCAUUGGAUGUUGAGAGUUUGAACCCUGGAGAACAGAUUUUCGAAAAGAUGAUUUCUGGUAUGUACUUGGGAGAAAUUGUACGGAGAGUAUUGUUCAAGAUGGCUGACGAAGCAGCUCUCUUUGGCGAUACGGUUCCACCCAAACUCAAAAUUCCAUUUAUAUUGAGGACACCUCACAUGUCUGCCAUGCAUCACGACACAUCUCCGGACCUCAAAAUUGUUGGCAGCAAACUGAAGGAUAUCUUAGAGAUAUCUAAUACCUCCCUGAAAACAAGAAAAAUAAUAGUGGAACUUUGUGACAUUGUUGCCACACGGGGUGCGCGUCUGUCUGCUGCUGGUAUCUUUGGAAUUCUGAAGAAACUGGGGAGAGAUACAGUCCGGGAGGAGAAGCAGAAGUCUGUCGUAGCACUGGAUGGAGGGUUGUUCGAGCACUACACUAAAUUCAGAACCGCAAUGGAGAGUACGCUGAAUGAGCUACUCGGUGACGAUGUUGCUGGAAAUAUUGUCAUCGAGCAUUCAAAUGAUGGCUCGGGCAUUGGAGCUGCACUGCUUGCAGCCUCGCACUCUCAAUAUCUUGAGGUAGACUCCCAAUAUCUCGAGGUAGACGAGUCCUGAGGGGAAGGUGGGUCAAAAUUGGAGAUAGUAAUUUACGGAGAGGCAGAAGCUUUAGAUUUUUUGUUGUUGAAUUUUCUGCUCUCCUUUGCAGAAUAUCACUCUCUGGUGCCUUCUCUCCCCAUCCUUUAUUUAUGGUUAUUGAGAGCAUACGAAAUUAAGUAAAGUUUUUGGUCGGAUUAACCGUUAAAAGUAGCCAAUAAAAGAAGAGAUGGGGGGGGUCUCCAAGGAUCAAUUUUACAUAUUAUCAGGCAUAAGCAUAAGCUAUGUGUUUGUACUUCUAUUGAAUUUGGGUGUUGUAAUCAAAACAUCCAACUGUCUUUUGCAUAUUAUCUUUUCAUACAAAGGUAAAGCUUAAGGGCUUUAAAGAAUCGUUUUUAUAGCCAA